UUUGUUGACUCCGUUGAUGGUAAACGUUUUGAGACCAUCAAUCCUGCAACGGCCGAAGUUAUUACUUCUGUAGCAGAAGCAUCUGAGAAAGAUGUUGAUAUUGCCGUUGAAGCUGCUGUAAAGGCUUUUAACGAAGAAUGGAUUCAUGUGGAUGGCAAGGAGCGUGGAAGAUU